AUGCGUUUCCCCCACCCACACACCUGUCCCACCCACCCACACACCUGCCUGCCCUCCAAAGCCAGUGACGUCACGGCGCCGAGUGUCCGUGUCGGAGUGUCCCCAGCAGAUCAGCCCGAGGUGCGGCAGGAGGGACAGGAGGCCACCACCCUAGUGAGCCGCUUCAACCAGCUACAGGAGGAGCGAGUCUUGACCUACCGGCGCCUGGAGGAUGGCCACAAAGUUUACCUCGCCACUGGGCCGCAGUACGACUUUCCCACCUACCGCCAGUGUGUGCACGAGGCAACCCAGGCCUUCAGCAGGAUAUCCGACGGGGUGCUGGAGGUGGAGGCUGAGCUGCGUCAGGCCAACCACACUGCCCUGGCCAACAUCAUCCAGGCCAUCCAGGAGUGUGAGAGUAGGAAGCUGGAGCUGACGGUGCACCAGCAGUUGGCCCGGCAGAUGGUGGAGGAGGUGGGAAGUGGAGAGCUGGAGCAGAGCAAAGUGAGGGAGCUGAGAGGACAGUUGGGGAAGGUGGUGGAGGACAUCAACGACCUUCUCACUGAACUGCGCUACGAGGCAUGGGGGGAUGGGGAGGGGGCUUAGGAAGG